CAGGCGCUCCAACACACACGCACAAUUUUUAUUAAUAAAAAACGGUCUCAAGGAAAUUAAUCAGUAGUUGCCAUUUUCUCUCAUGCACAUGUAUUCAUCUUUAAUCGAAUAUUUGAGCCAUCACAACUGCAGGUGGCAGUAGUGCGUCAAAAAGUUUGUUCUGCUGGGAAAAAAAUAAGUUGGGCAAAACCCAAACGUUUUACUUCCACGACUUUUUGAUGUCGCUUCCAGUCGUCGGUAUCGCAGGACGGCAGAAAAAGGAACAGGUGUAUGCACACAGAGCGGAAGCUGCCCCUUCUUCAUUGUGAAGCCGAUAUGUUGGCAACGGGAGAUACGGUGCCAAAGACUUCAUCAUUCCUGCAGUCACGUGUAUCAUCCGAGCAAACUCAGCACAGCUUUUUGCGGGACAUCCAAGCAUCCAAUUCAGCAUUCCCAGUCCAAGGUGUGUUUGAAACGCUGCAGAGGAAAGCCAGAGAGAGGCUACCAGAUUCUGGAAUGACAGGCACAAAGCACUUGGAUUUGAAGAAGAAACAGGACGGCUCAGAGAAGGCCUCCAAAAGCCCGAGGUCUAAUAUCUUCCCUGCAGAGACUGCUAAUUCCAACCUCUCAACGCAGUUUUCGGUCGAAACGCGUCCCAAAGCGAGCAGGUUGAGCCGCACUCGGAGACUUAAGCAGCAGGUUGCGAAAGGAAGCGGGAGAAUUAUUUGCACAGAUCAUGACGAAAAGCUUGAAACUAUGCGAAAAGUGUCCAUUUGGGAGGAUGUGCUGUGGACAGACAAGUACAGUCCCCAAUGUGCACGUGAACUUAUUGGCAAUAUCCUCCAAGUGAGCAAACUGCACAGUUGGUUGACAAUGUGGAAACGGUGGAUCAACUGCAAUGAGAAUAGGAUAAUGGAACAAAUAAAAAAUGAAGAAAAGAGCAGAGGAAGCAUUAGUACUCAAGAUUCGUGGGAUUGUGGAGACUUCCAGGGUGAGGUUGGCUCCGCGGACAACCAUGAGAAGCCGCCGUGCAACACCAUGCUGAUCACGGGUCCUUCCGGCGUGGGCAAGACUGCAUCAGUGUACGCCUGCGCUCAGGAGCUCGGCUUCAAGGUGUUUGAGGUGAACUCUUCCUCCCAACGUAAUGGGCGCCAGCUUCUGUAUCAGCUGAAAGAAGCGACCCAGUCCCACCUGGUGGAGACGGCCGAGAAGGACCCGCUGAGACCGGCCUACUUUCACAACUACGGCACCAGAGGCUGCUCCUCUAAAAGUCAACAUUUAGAUGGAGGCAAAUUGCCACCGCCCAAGAAAAUGGGCCCCAGCUCAAGAAAGCAGACCUCUGGCCGCCGCAGGUGCACAGGAAAAGAGAGUCCAGCUGCUGUCACUCUGACAAACUUCUUUAAGAUGAAGACCAAAACAGAUCACCUGUGCGAUCUGUCGCCUGUGGAGACACCGCAUGUCAAACUGGAACUUGGGCUUGAGCAUCAAGCGAGACCGCAGAACAAAAAAGGAGCCACGUCGCUAAUCCUGUUUGAGGAGGUUGAUGUCAUAUUUGAAGAGGAUGUCGGUUUCUUGGCAGCCGUCAAGACUUUCAUGAUGACGACAAAGAGGCCAGUUGUUCUUACCACUAACGAUCCUACAUUCAGAGAGCGAUUCAGCAGCAGCUUGGAAGAAGUUGUUUUUAAGACGCCAUCACCUGUGAACGUCUGCAGCUACCUGCAGCUUCUAUGUUUGGCCGAGGGCGUGAAAAUGGAGAUUGACGACGUGAGAAGCCUCGUCUUGCUCGCCAGGGGUGACGUCAGACGUUGUCUCCUCCAGCUCCAGUUGUGGGUGAAAAGUGUUCAAGGCAUCACUAUAGAAGGGGAACAUCCCAGACUUCCCCAACCUAGUGCAGGCUGCACUGCGAGCAUGCUGGGUCUUCAUCCUGUGAGUCAAAACCAUCUGUUGAACCUUCUGAAGAAUCCGUCGACUGAAGCUGACGUGAACAAGCUGGUAGAGAGCUGGAGAAGAGAUGUUCCUCUGCUGUACACCAACCUGGAGAUGCUUAUACCCAUGAGGUCCCACCAGCAAACUCCAGUGCUCCGGUCUAAGCAUGUGGCAGCAGACAUCAACCCAGUGAGGGAUGGAUUUGGGUUUCGCAGCAUGGUGGGAAUCGGAUCCCAAUUGACACGCAGAUCAGAAAGAUUCUCCCGCUCUCGGAAGACAACGCUACAUCACAGGACUGAACAAGGCGUCGCCAAUGUAGACUUGAAAUGCUUGAAUGGUCUGGCUGACUUUUUUGACGUCAUGUCGUACAUCGACGCCACGGUCGCAACAACAGAAGCGCUCGAUCCGGUGACCUGCACCUGGGACUUUGUCUGGACUGGAGCUGACAUUAAAGACGGUUUAUUAGAUGAAACGAGCGAGGAGGAAGUGCGGAGUCACAGCCGGGAGAGAAUCUUGGAAAUUCGGGCGACUGCGGAGGCUUUGGCGUGUCGCCGGUGUUGGAGUCACAUGUCGGACGUUGGAACUGAAGCACAGAUGCGCAGAGCGGAACAUGGACAAACACGCCUCACCCGUCAACCUCCAGCUGACCCAAUCAUGUGCUGUAGGAGGUACAAGAUGAGCCAAGCGGUGCUGAGCAGUCAGCACUUUGGCCUGCUGGGAAACAGGCAGGCUGUAUGCGUUGAUUACCUAGCAGCCCUCCGCUCCAUCAGUCGCUCUACAAGGCAGCAAGAGGACAAGCCGUCCCGGUGUGUGAACUACCUCCGAAGUUUACACCUGGGCCUCUCCAAGUCAACACUCCAACUCCUGGCCCAAGAUUUCUCCAGUUCUAAUUCGACAGCCUAAAAAGAAAAAAAGAAAAAAAAACCCCAAAAAUUUCACUAUUUAUUUUCCACUCAGCCUAUUUACUCAAAACUGUCAAAAUUCAUGUUGAGACAGCUGCUGGAAUGAUGUGCAACCCUGAAUCCUAAAUACAUUUUUUUUUAACUGUUCAAGCACUGAGGUCACUUUCCUUUAUUUCACAAUGUACAAAGUAGACACACACACA